AUGCCGCACGGAGGCCGCGAGCAGUCGCCGCGCUCCUCCAAGCUCGGCCCGGCGGGGCGGGGGAGGGUUUUUAAGAAUUCCCGUCUGCGCCCCACCGAAACCAGAACACUGCACGUGGCAAUCCAACAAUUUGUCACCAGUGCCACGCCGACCCCAUCGGCCACCGAAGGUGCGGGGGAGGAAUUCUUCCCCCCGCCCCCCUCGAUCCCCGACACCCCGGUGUCGCCCUCGCCUCCGCUGCGCACGGCCCCACCUGCGUGGCCAACCGCGACGCCGGAAUCGGAACCUAUAGACGUGGUGCCGACCACCGCCACUCCGGCCGGCAACACAGCCGACCCCUGCGCAGUCCGCCCGCGUCCUCACAGUUAA